UCGCAUAUAUAUAAACCGGUUAUUACAACGUUAAGUUAACGUAAUAUUAAUACAAAUCCUGAUUGCGAGCGCAUCGGGAAGCAGAGCUGAGUGAGUUGGGCGAUGGAGUAGCUACUACUACUAGCCGGCUGGACUAAGCCGAUCCGAGUUCUAUGCAGGGAAUGAGAGCCGGAGCUGGUGUCUGGGUCCGGGUGUCCGGGGUAUAGGUACUGGGGUUCUGACAUCUUCCCGCAUCGCUGUCCCAGCGGUGCUGUGCCUGCGAUGGAGCCCAGGUGAACGCACCCCGCGCGUCGGCUCAACACGCUUCUCCCCCCCACCACACCGGAAACCAUGAAAAAGUUCUUUGACUCUCGCCGGGAGAUGGUGGCCUCUGGGCCUGGUUCUGGAGGAGGUGGUGGAGGCAGCGGAUCCAGUGGCGCUGGGAGCAGUUUCAUCGGCAGAGUGUUCACCAUUGGCCGGCAUCAGGUCACAGUGGACGAGACCCUCGCUGAAGGGGGUUUUGCCAUCGUGUUCCUGGUGCGCACUCACCAAGGUGUCCGCUGCGCCCUGAAGAGGAUGUAUGUCAAUAACGAGCACGACCUCCAGGUGUGCCACCGCGAGAUCCAAAUCAUGCGGGACCUUGUCGGCCAUAAGAACAUUGUGGGUUACCUGGACUCAAGUAUCACAGCAGUGGGGGCGGGGGAUGUGUGGGAAGUCCUCAUUCUCAUGGACUUCUGUCGAGGAGGCCAGGUGGUAAACCUGAUGAACCAGCGGCUCCAGAUAGGCUUCACUGAGGCUGAGGUGCUGCAGAUCUUCUGUGACACGUGUGAGGCUGUGGCCCGGCUUCACCAGCGCAAGACACCCAUCAUUCACCGUGACCUUAAGGUUGAGAACAUCCUGCUUCAUGACCGGGGCCACUAUGUUCUCUGUGACUUUGGCAGUGCCACCAACCACUUCCAGAACCCUCAGAAUGAAGGCGUGGCUGUGGUGGAGGAGGAGAUCAAGAAGUACACAACAUUGUCAUACCGUGCCCCUGAGAUGGUGAACCUGUACAGCGGCAAUGUCAUCACAACCAAGGCUGACAUCUGGGCUAUGGGCUGCCUGCUGUACAAACUGUGCUACUUCACCCUGCCCUUUGGCGAGAGUCAGGUGGCAAUCUCCGAUGGUACCUUCACCAUCCCCGACAACUCACGCUACUCACAGGACCUCAACUGCCUCAUCCGAUACAUGCUGGAACCCAACCCUGAUAAGAGGCCUAACAUCUACCAGGUCUCUUACUUUGCAUUCAAACUCGCACGGCGGGAAUGCCCCAUCCAGAACAUACAGAAUUCUCCCAUUCCUGCAAAACUUCCUGAACCACUCCGAGCUAGCGACGCUGCAGUCAAGAAGAGUCAGAGCCACACCAAAGCCAGGCUGACGGAUCCUAUUCCCACCAUGGAAACAUCCAUUGCUCCCCGGCAGCGGCCCAAAGCGGGGCAGCCUCAGCCCAAUGCUGGCAUCCUGCCCAUCCAGGCUGCCCUCACACCGCGUAAGAGGCCCCCUGCCAACCCAGGGCCAAUUGCUUUGACCAUAGCUCCAGCCCAGUCUGCAGCCAGUGUCCAGUCUCAAAAAAUGCAGCCUCAGACCACUCCCACACAGCCACAGACCAUGCCUGCAGCAGCCAGAACCACGCCCCAGCAGCAGCCAGUCAUUCCAAAGCCACAAAUGGCAGCAGCAGCCUUUUUCCCUGACGGGCAGCCAGGGCAACAGCAGCAGCAGCCGCAGCCCCAGCAGGCAGUCCAGGGAGCUGCAGCCCCACAGCUGCAAGCAGAACCCGAGCAGCGCCCACAGCAGGCAGCUUCUACCACUCUCCAGAAGCAACCACAGGCCAGCCCCACUCCUCCCAAAGCUCCGCCCCGAGGGUCCCGCCAGAGACAAGCAACAUCAGCCCAGCCAGCAGCCACUGAUUCCAAACCUACAGCUAUUGCAGCUCAGGCUGUUUCAGCACCCAUUUCCACACCUAUUCCGACGCCUGCAGUGACUCCCAUUCCGACACCUGCAGUGACUCCCAUUCCAACUCCUGCUGCAGCACCUGCUGAGGCGCUUGUGGAGGCUCCUGCUUCAGCACCUGUUCCCGCAUCUGCAGCUGUACUGCCUCCAGCAGGCAUCGAAGAAGCCACUCCACCAUCUGAGUCUGCAUCUGAGCAGAUGGCUGCCUCAAAGGUGACCUCGCUGACACCCCCCUCCUCCCCCAAGCCAGCAUCGCGGGGAGGCCACCGGCGAAUCCUGAGCGAUGUGACCCACAGCACGGUGUUUGGAGUCCCUGUCAGCCAGUCCACACAGCUAAUGCAGACGGCUGCGCACGAGGCCAGCCUCAACAAGUCCAAGUCCGCCAGCACCACCCCGUCAAGCUCCCCACAUGCUUCCCAGCCGAGUGUAUAUGAGCCCGCCGAGGCCAGCGCCUCCGAGCAGCCCACCUGGAACCCGUUUGGUGACGACAACUUCUCCAAGCUCACAGCCGAGGAGCUACUCAACAAGGACUUUGCCAAGCUGGCAGAUGGUAAGACAGAAGAUAGAGCUGGUGAUUCCACAGAGAGCCUCAUCCCUGGCCUACAGCCAGCACCAAUAGCACCGCUGCCCUCUUUCCCCCCGUCAACAGGUCCAGUGGAUGGCUCCACAGACACCCUUAGCGGGGAAAUGACUGGAGUGCUGCAGAGUGCCCCUGAUCCAUUUUCCUUGCUUGCCCUCCCUGAUAGUUCAGAGAAGCUCAUUGAGGGACUCGCAUCCCCAGAAACAUCUCUGCUGCUGCCCGACCUGCUGGGUUUGGCCGACCCUUUUGGCAGCACUGCUAACUCCUCCGCCAACGUUGGAGUGUCCGAGGUGUGUAUGGAGUCCCUUAUUCCCGGGCUGGAGGCUCCCCAAACCCAGUCCCUCUCUGCUCCACUGGAUCCUGUCUCCACGCAACCAUCAGACUCCCUGAAUGGGGAGGGUUGCCUUCUCGAUGGCUCACUGCUUUCCCAGGCCUCAGCCUCUUCCCUGGCCGAGUUUGCGCCUGUCUUGCAGCCACCAACGGACCCCUCUUACCUCAUCUCAUGCUUUGACACUUCCGUGAGUGCCGAGAAGGGUCCCGAGGAAGAGUUUGACCCCAUCCCUGUGCUUGUCUCCAAAAGCCCUGCCCCAGGAGCUCAGUCCCACAGCAACAAUGGAGGCUCCGAGUCCAGCCUCCCUGGCCUGGCCCGCUCCCUCCUGUUGGUGGACCAGCUCAUCGACCUGUAGUGGGGGCAGGAGUGGGCAGAGCAGGGUUGGUCAGGGCUUUAGAAUGAUGAGGGGUUGGUGAUGGUGGUAAUUUGUAAAUGAUUUUCCAUCCAUCCUCAGUUACAUAUUCAUCAUACCACAUCCUUCAUUUGCAGCGAGUACUGGGGACUGUUUGGAUCCCCCCAUUGACAUUCCCAUCAUCCCCCUGUCCCCUUCCUGCUUACCUCCAACUUUCCUUCCCACACUGUAUCUGAUUCUUUUGACUCAUCACUUUCUCAGUUCCAUCAUGGUUGCCCCCAUUGUUUCCUUUCCCAAUCAUGGGAGUGGCAGUUAGCGCUGUGUUCCACAGCUGGGUUGUCUCUAGCUUGCCUCAAGUGGUGUUUCGUCCCCUUUCCACCUUAUCACAGAUAUACUGACUACAACAGCUCUCCUGAGCCAGCGGUGGGCCGUAACAUCAGAACAUCCUUGUCUUGCGAAAGUAAUUUGACAGAAACUACACUUCCUACAAUGCAGUGCUUAGUUGAUACUACACUAUUCACACGUCUUCGUUCCUCCUGUGUCUUUACCAAAUCAGAUAGUUUUUCCUUCGCUGCCUUAAUUCUCGCUAUGCUAGUGGCUUUUAAAUGAACUCCUUGCAUAUGAGCGCAUGUUUUGUUUUUGUUCUCUUCACUGCAUGUGCUUAGACUUCGGGAAAGACCCUUUACCCCAAAAAUGAGAUGGUCUUUGUUUUUUCAUUAGUAGUUUUGUAUGGUAAAACUUUGUAUGGUUCAGAUGUCAUUUCAGUAGGUUUCUUGCACAUUGCUUUAAUUGUUGUUUUGUUUGGGCUUUGUGUCGUGUAGCUUUGCCCAGCAUGUUACACAAGCUCCUGAAACCACGUGCGUUUUCACAGAUCUGCAUAAUCACAAGGUCGAGUGAGGCGAAACUGGCAAUGCCAGCAAUGAUUUUUUCAGUGCCAGUUCCAGUCGAAGUCCACCACUGUCAGGUGAAGAUAACCCCUCAACUGCAAGCACUGCUGCAGGACUGCCUUCAACCAAGCAUGUGCUUUGUGUGGAAAGAGGGCGGGGGCUAAUUAUGCAACCAGGGACUCACAGAUGGGGUCAAAAGCACAAAAAUCAGUCACCGGUCAAUUGCCAUCUCUCAACUACCACUGUUCACAUCUCACAAACCCCAUGUGUCCAUUACCUGUUACAGUUUGUAACCACCCCCGGCCUGGACAGACCACAGAGGUACAGAUUUCCCCCCUCUGUCAAUGUGUUCUCCAUUGUCCACUCACGCUGUACUCAAACCCUUCAGCUUUUCUCUUUUUAAAUGAAUAGUGUAAGUACUUAGUGAAAGUUACAAGAUAUUUCAAGUAUGGGUGAGUACGUGUGAAUAUAGAGUGCUAAUGAAUGAGUAUUGAUAUAUAAAUAAUAUAUAAUGAUAAUUGUCAUGACACUUUUAAGAGGAGCUGUUUAUUGCGGUCUUUAUGGAUCUGUAUUUGGAAGUGUAAACAAUGUCCUUCUCUCUCCCCCUCUUUUGUGCCAAGUGUCGUCUUUUUGUCCUCUCGCUUCCUUUCUUUUUGCACCAAAUUGUCUGUGGGGCACAAAUGAAUUUAAAAUCCACAGUUGGUCAUUUCACACUGAGUGACAGCACAAAUUUCUGUCAAACAGCUUACUGACUGCACCCCUGCUGCCUCGGUUAUAAUUACUAUAAGUUAAUCAUUUAACUGACACAUCUUCCAAAAUGACUGUGAGCUUUGUGCAUUGAGCUGUUUACACUAGUAUACUGAUUAUAUAGCAGGUUCAUUUUUUGCUCUGUCAAUUCAGGGCAAGUACCUUGAGCAA